AUGGCUGUCGAGUUCACCCACAUCCCCCUCAACGUUGAAGGCGUCAACCUCAACCUAUCAACAAUCCACAACUUUAAUUCAAGCCCACCAGUACUCUUCCUCCACGGUUUCGGCUCCAGCAAAGAAGACCUAGCUGACCUCACCAUCCAAACAUCACUGAAACACCACAGCUUUCUCGCCUACGAUGCCCCAGGUUGCGGUCACUCAGCAAGCGAUGACCUGUCUGUCAUAGAUAUUCCGUUCCUUGUGGCAACCGCCGAAGCCGUCCUCGCUCACUUCAAAAUUGAAAAAUUCCACCUGAUGGGCCACUCCAUGGGCGGCCUCACAGCCGUCAUCCUAGCAAGCCGUCAUCCAAACCGCGUCCUCAGCUUCGUGGACAUCAAAGGCAAUCUCGCACCCGAAGACUGCUUCCUCAGUCGACAAACCUUUAUGUUCCCAGCUGAUGACGAGGAAGCAUUUAUGGAUGCGUUUAUUGAGCGCACGCGGGCGUCGGGCUCUUUCGCUAAUGCCAUGUAUGCCAGUACGCUGCGGGCGCGAGUUAGGGCCGGAGCUGUUCGACCGAUUUUCACGUCCAUGGUUCAGUAUACUGAUCAUGGUGAUUUGAUGGAUAAAUUCCUCGCGUUGCCGUGUCCGCGUAUGUUCAUGUUCGGCGAAGAAAUGCGCGGACUGUCGUAUUUGCCGUUGUUGAAGAAGGAAGGGGUUGAGCUGGCUGAUAUUGUGGACUGUGGUCAUUUUCCCAUGUACUCCAACCCCGUGGAGAUGUAUCGUCGUAUUACAAUCUUUCUGAAUCGUUGUGGGUAG